AAGCCACAGCCCAAGAAGAGGAGGAGACGGAUUGACCGCUCCAUGAUCGGGGAGCCCAUGAACUUCGUCCACCUGACGCACAUCGGCUCUGGCGACAUGGCCGCGGGUGAAGGCCUGCCCAUGACCGGUGCCGUGCAGGAGAUGAGGUCCAAGGGCGGUCGGGAGCGACAGUGGAGCGGCUCCCUGGUCUUGUAG